AGAUCUGCAAGCAAACUCGAAAACGCUGGGCCUGGUCUCAACUCAACCUAAAAAACCAAACCAAACCGAAAAACCCUUUUUCCCACAACCAAAUAUAAAUAUUGAAAUCUUUUCAUUUUCUCAGGUCUCUCUCUCAAGUGUACUCAACCGCCUCACUCUUCUCUCUCUCAGCCUCAGCCACCGCCACCUCCUUCCUCUUCCUCUUCCUCUUCCUCUUCGACUUUGAUCACUCCACCGGAGGUGAGAGAUGGCUGCGACUGAUGGAGCUCCCACCCCUCAGAUGGUUGGCAAUGCUUUUGUGGAGCAGUACUACUCAAUUCUCCAUCAUGAUCCGGAGCAGGUUCACAGGUUUUACCAUGAGACGAGUAUCCUCAGUCGACCUGAAGAAGAUGGUACUAUGACCACGGUCACUACUACUGUCGAAAUAAAUAAAAAGAUACUCUCUCAGGAUUACAAGAGCUUUAGGGUGGAGAUUCUGAGUGCUGAUUCUCAGCCUUCAUAUAAGGAAGGUGUAAUAGUUGCAGUGACUGGCUGCUUAACUGGAACUGACAAUAUGAAGCGGAAGUUUGCUCAGUCAUUUUUCCUAGCUCCACAGGACAAGGGCUACUUUGUUUUGAAUGAUGUUUUUAGAUAUGUUGAUGAGUACAAGUCUGUUGAUAUUGAGUCUGUGCCAUCACGUGAUGCUGAUGAAAUUACUCUAUCUGAUGCUUUUGCCCCCGAGCCUGAGCCCAAUCAUGUUCCUGAAGACAUUCCUCCUAGUCAAACUGCUAUUGCUGAAACUGAUGCUAGCAUCAGGAAAGAAGUGUCUCAACCACUGGAGAAUGGAAAAUUAUCAGUUACUGAAAAGGUGAUUCCUGUUAAUCAUGUUGAAGAGCCAAAUCAUCAGGAACAUCACUCAAGCUCUGAGAAAGCUGAUUCUAAUACACAGGAGGAUGCUCCUAAGAAGUCUUUUGCAUCCAUUGUCAAUGCAUUGAAUGAAAAUGCUGCUCCCUUCCAUGUGAGGACUUCCCCUAUGAAACCUGUAGAACAGCCUCGUGUCUCUAGCAAGCCUGCAUCUGAAGCUCAAGCUCCUAUCGCUGAUGUCCUACUGGAAAAGAAUAAUGAGAAUGCAGGUAAGGCUCAUGCCAUAUUUGUUGCGAAUUUACCUAUGAAUGCUACCGUAGAGCAACUGGAACGGGCUUUUGUGGAAUUUGGGCCCAUUAAAACCAAUGGUAUUCAAGUUAGAAGUAAUAAGCAACAAGGAUCUUGUUUUGGUUUUGUGGAAUUUGAAUCUGCUGCGUCAAUGCAAAGUGCACUUGAGGCCGCUGUUAUAUUGGACAACCGCAGACUAUCCAUUGAAGAAAGGCGAGCUAAUAAUGACAGGGCCAGAUAUCCAUCAGGACGCGGUGGAUACCGAAAUGACAGAAAUGAUAGCUUCAGGGGCCGUGGCAACUUCGGUGGUGGCAACUUUGGUGGUGGCCGUGGUGGUGGCUACAACGGCAGGAAUGAUUUUGAGAGGCGAAAUGAGUUCUCUGGCCGACCACGAGGUGGCAAUAAUAUGGGACGUAACAAUGGAGAAACUGCGCCAAGGAGUUAUCAGAAUGGUCAGACUGGUCAGAAUGGAGGAAGAGUCGCUCGCCAACCGGUGAAAGCUCAGUAAAGCGCUUUUAGUUGGUAAUUUAGUUACAACGGAAUUUUCUUAUAGAUAGCGGCAUCUAAGGGAUUUUGGUUUUCAUUUGGAUUAGAGUCUUUUUCUUUUAAUAGCUGUCAUGAUUCUUUCGGGCAGUUGUUUUUGGUUAAAUUAAGUGAUUCCAUAUUUAGUUCUCUCCCGAUUUUUGUUACAUUUUGUAUCUAAGUUUUGGUAUGAUUGUUUUGUGGAAUUGGCUACAUUUAUAUACCAUUUUUUAAGAAACAAAAUCAAUGUUUCGUGCUAA